CCCUGCCUCUUCCUGGUCAGAGCCCCUCACCGAAACGGGGAUUGGUGACGCGCUGCGUCGCUGAGGUUCUGCUCCCGAGGAUCGCACUGUCCUGCCGCCAGGGGUUUGCACGUGAGAGGAGGAGGAGCCAGCUGUGAAAGACAGAUUGCUGUCUUUGCUGCUGACCAAGAUUAUUAGGAGGAAAGGAGAAGGACAAACAGACAUGUCUUCAGAAACAGCACAAAGUAAUGUUCAGGCACCUUCACAGCAACAAAACCAACAGUCUUUGCUCCACUGUCCCAUCUCAGAUGCUCACAUCAAUAGCAAAGAAGUAGAAAGGAUCCGUCAAGAAUGUAGAAAUGAAAGUUUCUGGUACAGAGGUCUUCCCUUGUCUUUAGGAAGCAUGCUCAUCACUCAAGGACUAAUCUACAAUGGCUUUCUCUCAUCAAGCCCAAGAUUUGGAUCAUUACCUAAAAUUGCAGUUGCUGGUGCCUUUGGUUUUGCGAUUGGGACGAUGUCAUAUAUACGAAUAUGCCAGAAAAAGUUCCAACGUGUAGGAGUUCAGCCACUUCGUCCAGAAUCUGAAAGGCAUUGCCAUCAUAUCUGCAAGGAAUGCGAAGCAAAAUUGGGAUCUAAUGGAAAGGAAAAUGUAAAGUCCUCAGCUUCAUAAUCUCAGAAUUGACAAAGAUGAAAAAUCCUGCAGAAAAUGUCUUCUCCUUCAGUGGUUUACUCUGGACAGAAGAAAUUAAGCCUAACGAGGUGUAAACAAGUACAUUGUGAAGAUUGGGAUGAUUUUUUUAAAAAGUUGAGUUACAUAAUAAAUGCUAAUUUCUAGUAAUGCCA